UCCGCCGGAUCGUCUGAUUCCUCGUUGCUGGACGGCACAAGGCCCGAGGCCGUGGCCGACUCCGAGUCGGCGCCCAAGCUGGUCGAGCGUCUGGGCACGGGAGAUGAUGCCAGGCAGCGAGCUCACGCCUCCAUGUCCAGGCAGUACAAGUGGAACAUUGUCGUCUUCGUCUCCCUGGCCGGCUCCUUCUCCCCCCUCUCGUCCAACAUCUACUUCCCCGCCAUCGACUCCAUAUCGAGGGACCUGGGCGUGAGCACCAGCCUCAUCGCCCUCACCGUCACCGUCUACAUGGUCGUCCAGGGCGUCGCGCCCUCGCUGCUGGCCGUCUUCUCCGACACCUACGGCCGACGGAUCGCCUUCGCCGCCACCCUGCUCAUCUACACGGCCGCCAACCUGGCCCUGGCCUUCGUGCCCGACUUUGCCACCCUCAUGGUCCUCAGAGGUCUGCAGGCGGCCGGAUCGGCCGCAACCAUCAGUAUCAGCUCCGGUGUCAUCUCGGACAUUGCCACACCCGAGGAGCGUGGUGGCUUCAUGGGGACAAAUGCAGGACUUCGCAUGAGCGGGCAAGCAAUCGGACCCAUCAUCGGCGGUCUACUCAACAAUCAAUGGGGCUUCAAGAGCAUCUUCUGGCUCCUCUUCGUCAUGAGCACCAUCGUCCUGCUGGCCCUGGUCUUCUUCCUCCCCGAGACGCACGAGGGCAUCGUCGGCGACGGCAACCGACCGCUGACGGGCAUCAGCAAGCCCUUCAUCUACUACAUCCUCAAGGACCCUUCGCAGCCGUCCCCACAGCAACCGGACGAGAAGCGGUCCAUGGACGGGGAGAAGCCAGGCAGGCCGCGCCUGACGCUCCUCUCCGUCUUCACGCCCAUGGCCAUCAUCGCGCAGAAGGAUGUCUUCGUUCUCCUGGCGUGGGGGUCCCUGGCCUACACGGCGUGGAGCAUGGUGACGUCGUCGACAACGACGUCGCUCCUGCACGGGCACCCGUACCUGAAGCAGUGGGAGCUGGGCCUGUGCUUCCUCCCCAACGGCAUGGGCUGCGUGGCCGGGUCGCUGGUCACGGGCUGGCUGCUGGACCGGAGCUUCCGGUCGGCCGAGGCCAAGUACCGGCUGCGCAACGGGCUGGACGCCGAUGUCGAGGUCUCGGGCCGCGCCGACUUCCCGUUCGUGCGCGCCCGCAUGCGCACGAUGCCCUACUUCAGCGCCGCCCUCAUCACCACCACGGCCCUCUACGGCCCCAGCUACGAGUUCAACGACCUCGACGAGGGCUACAGAGGCAACCUCGCCGCCCCGCUCGGCCUGCAGUUCUUCAUCGCCUUCUCCGCCACCGCCAUCUUCAACAUGAACUCCACCAUGCUCAUCGACUCCUUCCGAAAGUCGCCCACCAGCGCCACCGCCCUCAACAACCUGUGCAGGUGCCUCCUCGGCGCGGGCGGCGUCAGUGUCAUCCAGCCCCUCAUCGACGCCGUCGAGAUCAGGAACGCCUUCCUCAUCGUCACCGCCAUCCUCGUCAUCUUCUCCCCGCUCGUCUGGGUCGAGUGGGUAUGGGGUGAUGAGUGGAGAAGGGCACGAGAGGAGAGGUUGUCUGCCGAGGCGGGUCAGUAA